AUGUCGGAAAAUGAGUUCGACAUUACGAAAUCCCUCUUCAAUGAGGACGUCGAGUCCGACGACGAUAACUUUGGCGUCGCUGGAGAAAAAACUGACAUACCCAUGGACGGAGUCCUCGAUAUGGCUCUAGAGAGCGAUGGAGAAGGCGACGAGGCAUUUAUUGCUUCUGAGUUAGCAGCUUCGAACCGAAAGUCUUCGAAUGUUAAAGGCAAGAGUGUUAAGAAGGGCGGUGGCUUCCAGGCUAUGGGACUCAAUUCGCAUCUGCUCAAGGCUAUUGGACGGAAAGGAUUCUCUGUGCCUACACCCAUUCAGCGCAAGGCUAUACCUCUUAUUCUCGAUAGUCAGGAUGUUGUCGGUAUGGCUAGGACUGGUUCCGGAAAGACGGCGGCAUUUGUUAUCCCCAUGAUCGAGAAACUGAAGGCCCAUAGCGCGAAAGUUGGAGCGAGAGCGCUGAUUCUAUCUCCGUCUCGUGAGUUGGCGCUGCAGACUCUGCAGGUUGUCAAGCAAUUUGGCCGUGGCACAGACUUGAAGUGUGUGUUACUGGUGGGUGGAGACAGUCUCGAGGAACAGUUUGGAUUCAUGGCAUCCAACCCGGAUAUUGUCAUUGCUACACCCGGUCGAUUCCUACAUCUCAAGGUCGAAAUGGGACUGGAUCUGUCAUCUAUGAAGUACGUCGUGUUUGAUGAGGCAGAUCGCCUCUUCGAAAUGGGUUUCGCUGCCCAGCUUACCGAGAUUCUGUACGCAUUGCCGUCAUCAAGGCAAACGCUCCUUUUCUCUGCCACGCUACCUAAAUCGCUGGUUGAGUUCGCAAGAGCUGGUCUGGAAGAGCCUUCUCUCGUGCGUUUAGACGCCGAGAGCAAGAUCUCGCCAGAUCUCCAGAGUGCCUUCUUCACUAUCAAGAGCGAAGAGAAAGAGGGCGCGCUCCUCCACAUUCUUCAUGAUCUUAUUAGGAUGCCAACUGGGCCACCCCCAGCCGCAGUUGCGGCGGCAGAGGCAAGCAAGAAGAGGAAGCGUGGUGAUGAUGGAAGAGGCCCAAAGCAUAAGCCAACAGAACACUCUACGAUUGUAUUCGCCGCCACAAAGCAUCACGUUGAUUACCUUGCAUCCCUUCUACGGUUAUCUGGAUUCGCUGUGUCUCACGCAUAUGGUUCUCUGGAUCAAACGGCUAGAAAGAUGCAAGUUGAGGAUUUCAGAACUGGCAUGACCAAUAUCUUGGUUGUCACGGAUGUCGCUGCUAGAGGUAUCGAUAUUCCUGUGCUGGCAAAUGUUGUCAACUACGACUUCCCUCCACAACCUAAAAUUUUCGUCCAUCGUGUUGGUAGAACUGCCAGAGCUGGACAGCGCGGUUGGAGUUACAGUCUCGUUAAGGAGACAGAUGCACCCUAUCUACUUGAUUUGCAGCUUUUCCUUGGACGGCGCUUACUUCUCGGACGUGAGAGUGGAGACUCUCCAAACUACGCUGAGGAUGUCAUUGUCGGAUCAGUAGUACGCGACAAGCUUGAAACCAACCAAGAAUGGAUCAACAAGCUUCUCCGCGACGAUGACGACCUGGCUGCCCUCCGCGGCGUCUCGGUCAAAGGUGAGCGUCUGUAUCUCAAGACGCGUAAUUCUGCUUCGAGCGAGAGUGCAAAGCGAGCAAAACAGUCGGUUGCAUCCGCACAAUGGAUACAACUCCACCCCCUGUUCAACACGGAGACGAACAGCAAUGAACAGGCACGCAUCGACAUGCUGGCCCGCAUCGCCGGUUUCCGCCCUACUGAAACCGUCUUCGAAGUUGGCUACAAGGGCAAGGCUGGACAUGGUGAGGCUGCAGAGGUUAUGCGCGCACGAAGACAGAAAAUCAUUCCUCGUCGCCAGAAGGCCAUCGAUGACGCCAAGGCAGAGGCCACAGAGCUCACCGACGAUGAUGACACGUUCCAGGGCAUUUCUAUGGCCGCGCCAGCUGAGGACGACCAUGAUGAUUCGGACAUGGAGGUUACCAUCUCCGGCGGUAACGACGUUGACAUGGCCGAAGCCUCAGAGGACGAGCUAGAAGUGACCUUCUCCAAGGCCGCGCAGAAGGGUAAGGGCCGAACCCUCUCCUACAAGGACUCGGAGAACUUCAUGUCCUACACGCCCAAGAACCUAAACGCGGCUGAGGAGCGGGGUUACGGUGUCCACUCAGGUUCCUACAACACUGCAAGCCAGAACUCCAAUUUCGUGGAGGCAGCGCGCGGUGUGACCAUGGACCUCACGAACGAUGAUGGUGCGAAGAGCUUCGCAGAGCCCAGUCAGGCAAAGGGAAUGAGAUGGGACAAAAAGAAUAGCAAGUACGUUGCACGUGCUAACGACGAGGAUGGAUCCAAGGGCGCAAAGAUGAUCCGCGGAGAGUCGGGACAGAAGAUCGCGGCGUCAUUCCAGUCGGGACGGUUCGACAGGUGGCGCAAGGCGCACAAGGUAGAGCGCCUACCGAGGACUGGUGAGUCUGAGCGGGCUGGUGGGGUUGGCGCUACAGUUGGUAGAGGCAUGGGGACGAGGUACAAGCAUAAGCAAGAGAGGGCACCGAAGGAGGCAGAUAAAUACCGUGAUGAUUACCAUGUUAGAAGGAGGAGGGUUGAUGAGGCCAAGGAGAAGCGGGUUGGGAGAUUCAGAGAUGGCGGUGGCAAGGGGGAGAUCAAGAGCACGGAAGAUAUCAGAAAGCAGCGACAGUUGGAGCAGCGGAAGAAGGAGAAGAACGCUCGGCCGAGCGGGAAGAACAAGAAGAGGUGA